AGUGUGAUUCGACACAUGGUAGCCUUCACGGGGCUUCCACUUGAGGUCUGUGCCUGCGAAAGAGGGCCGAGGGUGACAAGAAGCCGUAACUCUUGAGGCGAUAGAGCAAUGAUGAAGGGGAAGGGGAGUUUGAAAGCCACCUUUCAGGAGAGCAAUUAUGGCAACCGUUUAAAAUCUGUGGGGAGCACUUUAGCGUGAAAGGGAUCUAGCGAGUGCUGGAGGCGGGAUCCCGGAAAUGGUUCUACGGCUCGGAGGACACGGGACAGCCCUAUCUGGCGACGGAGGAACUGAACAUGACCGCCAUUUUGGAUUACGCUGUCUCCUUGCCCUGUCGCGUCUUCAACCUCAGGGACAGAACGGUAUCAUGGAUUCGAUCGCGAGACCUCACAGUCCUGGCCGUGGACAGACUCACCGUAACAACAGAUUCCAGGAUUUCAGUGAGCCACGUCGAGGAGAGCGAGGACUGGAUCCUGGAGAUCAGAGGCGUGACCAAGCGCGACCAAGGGACCUACGAGUGCCAGGUCAACACACACCCGAAGGUCUCUACGAAGAUCCAUCUCAAGGUGUUGCCGCAACAAGAUCACACAUCUAUCCUUGAUAUUCCCAUUUCUGACACCGGAGUUGUGAGCGACCACAAAGACGAUUCGGGCGUCGGGCACGAGCUGCGCGUGCGCGUGAUCGGGCAGCGUCGGUUGCUCGUGGCAGAAGGCGCUCAGCUGCAGCUGGUGUGCGAGGCGACGGGCCGCCAGCUGGCCCAGCGGCGUCACGAGGCGCCGCUCGUCACCUGGACGCUCGACGGCUUCCCCGUCACGUCGCAGUGGCCGCAGGACAAGGUGUUGGUGAGAGAAUCAUGGGCUGGCGUGAGCCUCGAGUCCGAACUGCAAGUCACCGGCGUGGCAUAUGGAGACGGAGGGGUAUACUCCUGCAACAUACCCGGGGCAUCGCCAGACCGCGUCACCGUGACUAUAGUACCCACACACACAGUGGGAGUGACAUCCAAGUUAGCCGACUCGGAUUUUGAGGAAGAAGAAAAAGAGGUCGAGGACGACACAGGGCCAGCGGCAUCAGCAAGUCGGGCGGCAGUACUGAGCGGGGCAAUAAUUCUCGCCCUCCUGCUUAUUCAGGCAGCCCUUUGCGUCUUCUACAUCAAGAAAGUUUGAGUCCCCCGUCAAAAGAGACAGUGGCGUUUUCUGUUUUGAAUGGACGUAUGUGCCGUUUUCUUUCUGGUCAUGGCGAAACAAAUCGAGCUUUCUUUCCUUGCCAAGGCGUGUCGCAAAAGAUUACAAGAAAAGUGAGAGAGAGAAAAGAGAAUGACUAUUUAUUUUUGUAUCUAAUGCCAUUCCGGGUCUUUGUGAUUCCGGAGGCAACGGGCGGAGGGAAAGGAGCAAGAUUUCAAGUUUCGCCAAAUUUAGCAAAUUUGUAGACAAAAUCUUAGAAGAAAUUCACAUUGAUGAAUUUCGUAAUUAUCUUUACAAUUUUCGUUGAGUUCCAUUCUUCUCUUGUGGAAAGAGGGACAAGGUUCAAAUGUGUUGCACUGAGAACGGUCUUCCAUGACACGCCAGUGCCCGACGCCUAACCAGUGUUAUUUCGUUAUUGUUAUUCUUUAACAAUGUUGUUUUGACGAUACAGUGUCGAGAUUAUCAAAAUAAGACGAUUUUUAGACAAAUAAACCACUAUCUACAAGUGUUCAAGUUAUUUGCUAUUAAGUUACUAUAUUUCUUUUCAUUACAAAUGGUCGUAUCUUUUACUAGCAAUUUUCCGAAAAAGAAAGUGUUCUAAUGGCUGAUGAUUAACAGACACAUUUUCAUUUUUUUAUCAAUAUUAUAAAUGGUAUUAGUAUUCCUGUUGUAAAUAAUAUUACAUUAACAUUAUUGUUAGUAUCUUGCUAUUACCAUAUUUUAUUAUUAUUAUUAUUAAAAUCAUGAUAAUUGUCAUUAUUUAUGAUGAUUCAGAUAUCUGUCCACAUAUAUAAAUUACGGUUUACUAAUUUCGUAAUUGACAUAUCUAGAUUUUUUUAUUUCAUCAUGUACGAAUGGUAUAUACUAAACCUUUGAUUGAUCUUCAAAAGUAACUCUGAUCUUUAAGAAAUAGUUGUAGAAAACCUUUGUCUUUUCUUUUUUUUGUUAAAAGUUUUAUUAUUUUUACCAUAGAUCAUGAAGUUUUUGGUGAGAACAUUAAAUAGUUUUUAUUCUUCUCACAUGCAAAAAGUGGCCAUUUGCCUUUACAAAGAAAAAUGUUGAUUUACACUUAACCAGUUGUUACAAGCUACAAUAAGCUAAUGCAGAACAUACAGUCUGCACUUACCUCAGUUGCCUGACACAUAGAACACGAGCAACUUAUUUUUCCUUUUAAGAAAAUAUCUAUUUAGUUUAGAAGAAUCAGUUGCAUUUUCUUACAGCAUAAGUUACCUGUAUUUACAAAGCCCACUGUGUUCUGCAUUAUGGACUGAACAUGCACUCACUGCAUUAGAAUACAUUACGAUAUGGUGGCAGGCAAAAUACACUUGUAUUAUAAAAUUAAGACCUCGUGACAAGUGACAUGGAUAGUUUUUUAGAAGGAAGAGUUUAUUUGAAGAAAGGGAACUGUCCUGACAAAAAGGGUAUUUUUCCUGAUUUUGGUAAGAGCACUUUUCUAGUAAAAGGGCACUUUGGUUUCCCAGGUUUAGUUUAAAAAGGGGAAACUUUCCUCUCAAAUUUUGAGGAGGGAAUCUGUUUUAUUUUACCGAAAAGCCACUUUGCUUUCGAAGAUACUGACUAAAUUGGCACUUUUUCCUCAGAUUUUGGCAAAAAGACAGAUUUUUUAGAUUUUGACUAAUCUCUAAUCUCUCAUCGUUUUACGCAAAGGACAUUCAAAUAAUGAAACAGCAAGGGCUACGGGACUCUUCCCCUUAAUGCAUGCCUCUGUAGUGCAGUGUCUCGUUAAUCAAAAUGUAAAUUUGUCGUAUUUUGAUGCAGGGGAAAAAUCAAUGAAAAAUAUUUUGGAAUACGGUUCUUAUCGACGAAUGUAGCCCAUCGUAGGUUUAUGAUUCAGUCUAUGAUUAUUAUUAUUCAUUCACUUUUUUUUCUAGAUAUGAGAGAUAUUUUAUCGCAUGACAAUGCUUUUAGGGGAGAAGCAAUUUUUUCUAGUACGAGAUUACAUUUUUUUUACAAGAGAUAGGAUAUCUCAUUGAAAAUUAUUUUGGCACAGUUCUAAACCCGAAAGUGGCUA